AUGAGUAACUUGAGUGAAAGCGUCAUUCUGAAGCGUAGUGACGAUAGGCUAGAUACCAUGCAGCUAUCUCAACAGCAUCACAAAUCUCCGCACAACGCUUCUUCAUCCGAAUCCAUAGCAAUUUUGGUUAUGGGACUCACUGGUGCUGGCAAAAGCACGUUCAUCUCCCAGCUCACCGACCAAGACGCUGGAAUUGGGCAUUCGUUAGAAUCAUGUACUACUGAUAUCAUGCCUUAUGAGUUCCGUAGAGGUGAUGGACGGAAGAUCUAUCUUAUCGACACACCAGGGUUCGAUGAUACCAGCACAGACGACGCAGGGGUGUUUAAGAAGAUUGCAUACUUCCUCUGCACACUAUAUGAUCUCUAUGGAAGUGAACUUACUAUUGGCGGAAUGAUUUAUGCUCACCGAAUCACCGAUGUGAGAAUGUCAGGAUCUUCAAUCAAGAGCUUACGCAUUUUUGAAAAGAUUUGUGGCGAGCAUUGCUUCAAACAUGUCACAGUCGUCACCACCAUGUGGAAUAUGAUCAAGACUCAAGAAGCAAUCGAUGCAGCAACGGUACGCGAAGACACGUUGAAGGAACGGGCAGAGUUCUUUGGCACAUUGAUAAGAGCUGAUGCUCGAAUGGAGAGGCACUACGGCGAAGACAGCGCGCGACAUAUCGUCGAAAUGCUUGCUGACAGGCAAAGACAUUUUUCUCUACAGCUACAGCAAGAGAUGAGAAAAAGCAGAAUAAUGACUUUGGAGAAAACAACUGCAGGGAAAUAUUUGGAGGGCGAGCUGGAGAAUAUGCGCAGAAGAUAUGAAAUGCAGAAGAAAGAACUGGAGGAGAGUGUGGAGGAGUCCUGCGACGACGAUGAUUUGAGGAGCGAAAUUUCAGAAGAGAUAAGGGACUGCACAGUCACGGUGAAUCGACUUAAGGAUGAUCAAGGAAGUCUCUCAGUGACACUUGAGGACAUGCAACUCGAGCAAAAAGCAUGGUAUAACAAAAAACAUGACGAUGUGCCUCAGGAUAAGAUAUUGGAGGAACAGUCUAUUCGCAUCACCUAUGAGCUGCAACAAAAAGUUCUCCAAUUGGAAAAGGAAAAGAGGAGACGACUGGAGAAAGAAAUUGCUCAGAAUGAAAAGAUGGAGGAGUUGGAAGAGCGUAACAAAAGACUUGAGGCGGCCCAGAGAGAACUUGAAGCAGCCCAGAAAGAACUUGAGGAGCAACAAGCCUGGCGAGAAAGAGUGAGAAAAAAGAGAAGCCCCCAGUUUGAUGUUGUAGGAAGAUUUCGCGCAUUUCUCGCAUCACCGGCAAAGGACCUCAGGGAGCCAGUACCAAUAACGCGCCGUGCGGACUCAAUGCCAUUGGAAGCCAAAACACCAAAAAAAUCCCCCGUAAAGCUUACAAGAGGACGAAGUCAGUCCAGAAAUGGUCAAAACGGGAAAGCGAAUGCCAAACAUACAACCCAUGUUGAUGAACAGGACACAAAGCCAUAUCACAUUUCCUCGAACUCUCAACUCCAAUACCAUCAGGGAUAUGAUCAGGUUUAUCAUCCGGGAUGCGAUGCAGUUGCGAUCGGGAAUUCAAAUCGUCCCAAGCAUUCACAACACAGACCUCUUCCAACUUAUACGCCUUUAACCCCAGGUUAUGCAACUGGCCAGGUUCACUCACUGCCUGGACCCGUCAUCGUUGAUCCUUACGGACUGAAACGCACGAUACCCCCAUCCACAGGUUCUCUCACGCGAAGAUAUGAUGAUACCACACACACAUCCAUGCGACAGCCACCACUCCAAUCUGGCUCAUAUCAUGACAACCGUUAUGAUGAACUCAGCUCGCGCGGUCGUAAUCAGGCAAGGCCCAAUGAUAUUAUUAUCGCUGUGAUGGGUAUCACUGGCUGUGGAAAAACAACAUUUGUCAAUCUGUUUGCAGAAACGCCGCUCGAGGUUGGCCAUGGAUUGGACUCAUGCACAGUAUCAGUACAAGUGGCAACUUGCAAAGCCGAAGACGGUACAAAGAUUUACCUUGUUGAUACUCCAGGAUUCGAUGACACAUAUCGCUCCGAUUCCGAGAUCUUAAGAGAGGUCGCGCUUUGGCUCAACAAAGCACAUGUGUCAAAUGUAAAGCUCGCGGGUAUCAUAUUCCUUCAGAGAAUUUCCGACUUUCGGGUCGGUGGCAGCGGCAUCAAGAACAUCAAGAUGUUCCAGAAACUAUGCGGAGAAGAUACCCUCGGGAGCGUAGUCUUAGCUACGACGAUGUGGGAACAAGCCGGCGAAACUGCUGGAAAAGAGAGGGAAAAGCAAUUGAAAAGUGAGCCGCAACUGUGGAAGAAGAUGAUAGAUCAUGGUAGUAAAGUUUAUCGACACGACAAUGGCAAAGCUUCGGCGACCAAGAUCAUCAACUACUUAAUAGCUAGAAAGCGACCAGUCACACUCGACAUUCAACGCGAAAUGGUUGACCAAGCAAAAGACCUCGUUGACACGGGCGCAGGAAGCGAGCUAGCGUCAACGGUGGAGCUUUUGAUCAAGAACUAUGAAAGAAAAUUGAAAGAUCUAGAGAAGGACCUACGGCAGGCGCGAGAACAGCACAAUAGAGAGGACCGGGAAAUUCUAGAACAAGCCAGGAGAGAAUAUCAAGAAGGUCUCACAAAGCAGCGACAAGAAAUGGUCAACCUGAGAAUCAGCUCGGAACAGUUGAUUGAGGAUGCGAGGAAACGCUUCGAGGAGCAAGAACAGAGGCAGAAAGAGAACAUGAAACUUGUACGGGAAGCUCAUGUUAAGGACCUCGAGCAGCAAAGAAUUUUGGUGCAAAAACAGUUCAGGGAGAGAUAUCUGCGGGAUAUGUCUAAUGCAGCAUGCCUAAUAAUGUAG